CCAAUAUUUUACAUCCACGUCCCCCUCACUUGAAAAGGUGAUGUUUAUGAUUUCCCAUUUAAAACUACACACAGCUAGCUACUGUAUCAUAUGUUCAUUUGGUUUUUCAGUUGUUUACAGACAGAAGUAGUGUGCAAAGUAACAGAGAAAGAUCGAGAUGGGGAGCGAAGGAGUCAUUCUGCCACGCCAUCUGGUGUUAGUUCCAUGUCCUUACCAAGGCCACAUCAACCCGAUGCUUCAGCUUGGCACCAUACUUCAUUCCAGGGGAUUUUCCAUCUCAAUAAUUCACACCCAGUUCAACGCUCCUUGUCCCAGGAACCACCCUGAUUUCAACUUCAUAGCCAUACCAGACGGCUUACCUGACCACCUGAUUUCUUCUGGUAAUAUACCGGUUAUCUUGUUAGCAGUCAACGCCAACUGCCACAAGCCCUUGAAGGAUCGUGUGGCUCAAAUGAUGCAAUCUGAGAAGCCAAAUGGUAAGGUAAGCUGCAUAAUUUAUGAUGAAUACAUGUACCGUGCUGAAUCUGUGGCCAACUCUCUGAGCAUCCCAAGCAUCAUGUUGCGAACCAAUACCGUCUCCACCUUCCUCGCUCGUGAUUUUGUUCUGCGACUGAUUGACGAAGGCCAAAUCCCUCUGCAGGGUUCAAUAAUGGAGAAGCCAGUGCCGGAGCAUUACCCACUCAGAUACAAAGAUCUGCCCACAACCAUUUUCAAGUCACUGAGCAACUUCGUUGAAGUGGUUAAAAAUGUCCGGCUCGUGGGUUCGAGUUCGGCUGUCAUCUGGAACACGGUGGAGUGUCUGGAGAAUCCGCUACUGGUGCAGGUGAAGCAGCAAUGCCGAGUUCCAAUCUUCACGGUGGGACCGAUGCACAAAUCCGCUCCACAGCUCUCCACAAGCUUGCUAAAGGAGGACUACAGCUGCAUCCCAUGGCUGGACAAGCAGGCAGAGAACUCGGUGAUCUACGUGAGCUUGGGGAGCGUGGCCUGCAUUAGCGAGCACGAGUUAGCCGAGAUGGCAUGGGGCCUAGCUAAGUGCAACCUGCCCUUCCUGUGGGUUGUCAGGCCCGGCCUGGUGCGUGGGACUCGGAAUGUUCAACAGUCGCUGCCUAACGGCUUCAGAGAAGGCGUCGGGGAAAGAGGGCGGAUCGUGGAAUGGGCGCCACAAGAGGAAGUGCUGGCACACAAGGCGGUAGCAGGGUUUUGGAGCCAUUGCGGAUGGAACUCUGCCGUGGAGAGUAUUGCUGAAGGGGUGCCCUUGAUUUGCAGGCCCAACUUCGCCGACCAGAAGGUGACUGCAAGGUAUGUGACCCAUGUAUGGAGGGUAGGCAUGCAGCUUGAGGAGGAACUGGAGAGGGACGCGGUGGCGGCCGCUGUGAGAAGGUUGAUGGUGGAGGAAGAAGGGUUAGAGAUGAGGGAAAGAGCAGUGGAGUUGAAGGGCAGAGUGGAGAUUGGGACCAGGAGAGGUGGCUCCUCGUUCAAGGAUCUGGAUAAGCUGAUAGAUAUGAUAAGGUCGUUCUAAACUUCUAAUUGUCUGUUCAUUUGUUUGUGCGCGUUGGCAUGCCUGGCUGGCAUGAGUUUACUUCUGUUCCAGAUUUCUCAGUUUACCCCCACAUAUUGUUUGUUCUGUUACUUCGGAUCACUUGUGAUCUUACUUUUGUGGGCCAGGCAUGCAAUCUUUAUUAUAGAAUAUCGUAUCGCUAAAUUUUCCCUAUACAACUUUCGUCCUCCAUUACAGUUUUACAAUUUUGGGUUUAGAUAGAAUUGCUAACGAUGUUUACAAAAGAAAACAGAGGGUAAAAUGGCUGGUAUACCAUUAAACUUUGAUAAUUGGG